AUGGUUACUUUGACAAAGCAAAGUGUCAACGAAAGCUCGCCGCUGAUGGAAACACGAGUUGGCAUCGAUCCAGAAGAUGAAUAUGCCGAGAGUCAUGUCGAGGGCAAGGUCGUGGACGAAUCGUCCAAAAGUGGAUGGUACAUGUUCUUGUUAACAGUAUCAAUUGGAGGACUCCAGGUUGUUUGGUCCGUGGAACUGUCCAAUGGAUCGCCUUUCCUUCUCUCACUUGGAAUGAGCAAAGCGUUACUUGCCUUUGUGUGGAUAGCAGGGCCCAUAACGGGAACUCUGGUGCAGCCAUAUAUCGGUAUUCGAAGCGAUAAUUGCCGUCAUCCAUGGGGAAAGAGAAAACCAUUUAUGGUUGGCGGCGCUGUGGCGUUGAUCAUAUCGCUGCUUGCCUUGUCUUGGGUUCAGGAAAUCAUGGGCGGGAUCGUCUCAAUAUUUGGUGUUGACCCUAAAGCGCAUGGCGCAAAAACCUUGAACAUCAUCGUCGCUACCGUCUUGAUGUAUUGUCUUGACUUUGCCAUCAAUACAGUUCAAGCUGCCAUUCGAGCCUUCAUCGUGGACAACUGUCCUGCUCAUCAGCAGGAGGUCGCAAAUGCAUGGGCCAGUCGGCUGACAGGAGUUGGUAAUAUUUUUGGGUUUAUCUUUGGGUACAUUGACCUGCCGCGCAUCCUGCCUUUCCUCGGCAAGACGCAAUUCCAGGUUCUCUGUGCUCUAGCCUCGAUCUCCCUCGCCGUCACCCUCAUUGCCAGUUGUUUCUAUAUCCAGGAGCGGGAUCCUAGGUUGGAAGGCCCUCCUCCAUCGGACGGGUUGGGUCUGAUUUCCUUCUUUCGCCAAGUGUUCAAGUCAAUUCGCAACCUACCUCCACAGAUUGCGCGGGUCUGUGAAGUACAACUGGCAGCCUGGGCGGGCUGGUUUCCAUUUCUGUACUAUGCCACCACUUACGUCGGCCAGCUCUACGUCAACCCUCUAUUCGCAGAACACCCUAAUAUGACCGAGGCUGAAAUCGACCGAGCCUGGGAAGCUGCGACCCGAGUCGGAACCUCGGCGCUCCUUGCUUAUGCGAUCAUUUCGUUCAGCGCCAACAUCGUUCUCCCGCUUUUCGUGGUCCCAACUUCUGGACAAGUCUCAGAAACAACCACAAAAAACGACAUAACUUUGCAUGACGAUGGUGAGGUAGCAGGAAAUGCUGGCCGUGCCAACGAUCCUCUCCUCGAGGAAUCUCUGCCCAAAAUUGUAGAAGAGAAGCCCACUUGGCUCACUCGUCUGCAAGUACCGGGCUUGACUCUGCGUCGAGCAUGGUUUCUCUCACACCUCCUUUUUGCUGCUUGCAUGUUUUGCACGCUUUUUAUCUCAUCCUACCAGGCGGCAUCUGUUGUCAUUGCCCUGAUCGGUAUAUCAUGGGCAUUGACCCUCUGGGCGCCAUUUGCGCUCAUUUCUGCCGAGGUAGCUCGCACCGAUGUCACACGGCGCCCACAUGGACACGGAGCUGGUGGCCCAAGUGGAAUGCAUGGUACUGCCUCGAGCUCCUAUCAACCCGUUGCCAACGAAGAUAUUCACGAAGAUCAUGAUCAGCUAAGCGCAGAAGACCAACAAGAUGGGCGAUCUUCCAAGCCCACGCCUAUCGACGAGAACGAAAACGUCGCCCAAGCCGGAAUCGUUCUGGGUCUCCACAAUGUGGCUGUCUCUUUCCCUCAGAUUUUCUCCAGUCUGAUUUGUAGCGCUAUCUUCAAGGCUGCCCAGAAACCUCGUGGAGAACCUUGGGAUGACAGCGUCGGCUGGGUUCUUCGCUUCGGCGGAUGCGCAGCUUUGGUCGCGGCCUUGCUUACUCGGAGGCUGAGCGAGGGCGCGCAGUAG